AUGGGAAAUUCCAACUCGGCCCCACCUGUGGAAGAUGUUGACCAGAUAAAGAAGGAUACGAAAUUGCCGGUGCAGAAAAUUAAAACCCUGUGGCACAGAUUUGUUGACUUAGACAAGACUAAAAAAGGGUAUCUAUCACGUGAGGACCUCUCCAAAAUCCCUGCGUUCGCGUUAAAUCCCCUCGCGGAACGAAUAAUCGACUUAUUUCUACCUCCUGAUGGGCCACAGCACUGCUCUUUUGACCGCUUCUGUUUUGUCCUGGCUCACUUUCAACCGACCCGACCUGACACUGAAGAAAAUGAUCUCAACUCGGCGUAUCACAAAGCAAAGUUGAUGUUCGAGGUCUUUGAUGGGGACGGAAAUGGGAAGAUUUCCAUGGAAGAAGUGCUCAAAAUUCUCAGGCAAAUGGUUGGAUCAAAUAUCGGAGAUGAUCAACUUGCACAGAUCGCCAAAAGAGUGGUCUACGAAAGCGUCAACGACGAAUCUCGAUAUUCACCAAACGAAAUGCCCUCUGUGGAAAUGGACGAUUUUCUCAAGACAAUGGAUCUCAAAACCAUCGAGUACAAGAUGAGCGUCAAGUUCUGA